AAACAUUUGCGUUUUCAGAAGUAAAUUUUUUUAUAGCUUCCUGACUGAAAACACCCAAACGUUGCAAGGAAAAUGGUAGAGGAAGUAAAUCCCGAAACUGCUCCGGUUGCGAAAACGAAGACGAAGAUGGCCCGUCCAAAGCCGGUGUACAUGUGGACUGUGGCAGAUACGUUGAAGUGGCUCCGGCGGCACUGCAGCGAACGGUGCGCCCAAUAUCAGGAACUGUUUCAGCGCCACGAAAUCACCGGGAGAGCGUUGCUUCGCAUCACGGACGAUUCCCUGUACCGGAUGGGCAUUCUGGACGAAAAGGAUCGAGACGACAUACUGCGCGAGAUAAUCAAGCAGAUCCUGAAAACGGACAUCAUGGAAAUACGUGACAUGGAACUGAUGAACAACGUGUAUCAGAACUGCAUUUAGCGGGAAAAAGGCUUCCGGAAUCUUUGCUUUUACUUUUAGUGCUUUAUUUCGCAACUUCAAGAUAUAAUCCAUCAUCUAAGGUCUUUCACUGGCUUGGUGAAAACGGGGAAUGUGAUAAAUAAGCAUGAUAAAUAGUGAACAAAUAAGUUAAACAUCAUAAAUAAUAAAAAUGGCACAACAC